GUUGGUAAAUGAUGUGGCACCAGGCUCCAUCUCUUUCCACACAUGUUUGCUGUCUUCCGCAGAACUUUUCUAAAACACUCUCGGAUUUCCAGCAAGUUUCUCCGAUUUUGCAUCCAAGGCCAGCCUACGUUUCAAACAGUCACAAAUAUGGCCACCGCAAUAACUGAAGUUUCAAGUACAAAGAGUUUUGGAGGAUGGCAGAAGACUUUCAAGCAUGACAGUGAGGAGGUGAAAUGUUCCAUGAACGUUGGAAUUUAUCUGCCAGCUGAAGCAGAGACCGACAAGCUGCCUGUGCUGUACUGGCUGUCAGGACUGACGUGCACCGAGUCCAACUUUGCCAUGAAGGCCGGAGCCCAGAGCCUGGCAGCCGAGAAUAAGGUCAUCAUCGUCAUGCCCGACACCAGCCCGCGAGGAUGUAAUAUCGAAGGAGAGGAGGACGGUUGGGAUUUUGGGACCGGCGCCGGUUUCUACAUCAACGCUACCGAGGACAAGUGGAAGACCAACUACAGGAUGUAUUCUUACGUCACUGAGGAGCUGCCUAACGUCAUCAAUGCAAACUUCAACACGAUUCCUGAUGCGAUGUCCAUAUUCGGGCACAGCAUGGGAGGUCACGGCGCCCUGAUUUGUGCCUUGAAAAACCCCGGAAAAUAUCGGUCUGUGUCUGCUUUUGCGCCCAUCUGUAACCCCAUGCAGUGUCCGUGGGGACAGAAGGCGUUCAAUGGCUACCUGGGAUCUGACCAAGAAAAUUGGAAGGAAUACGACGCUUGCGAGUUGGUGAAGGCGUAUCAGGGGACGCCGCUAGAAAUUCUUGUAGAUCAGGGCAAGGCCGACAACUUCCUGAAGCAGUCCCAACUCCUCCCGGACAAUCUGGUCGCAGCGUGUGCCGCCAACAAGACCGCCAUCACACUGCGUAUGCAAGAGGGCUACGACCACAGUUACUACUUCAUUGCGACCUUCUUGAAGGACCACAUCAAGCACCACAUGCGAUACCUGAAUGCUUGAUGGACCUACCAACAGCCGAAUCAUCUCCAAUUACAUGGGCGUCAAU